AUGUCCUUGAUAGACUCCGAGCAGACGCUCCUCACCGGCGCCCACGACAGCCAGCUCUACGGCUCGGUGGCCACGCGAAGCGGUCACGUGCACAUCUCCGCCAAAGAGGAGCUCGGCGUCGUUUCCCGGUCGCUGGCCCCGCUCGUCGUGACCUUCUUCCUCCAGUAUCUCUUGUCCGUGGUUUCCAUCUAUGCCACCGGCCGGUUGGGCCCCCGCGAGUUGGCCGCGGCGUCCUUGGCCGUAUGUUCGUUUAACAUCACGGGUCUUUCCGUGUACCAGGGCAUGGCCACGUGCCUCGACUCGUUCUGCUCGCAGGCGUACGGCGCGGGCAGGCCCACGAUGGUGGGCGUGUACUUCCAGCGCUGCUCGUUGAUGAUGAUGGCGCUCACCGUGUUCCCGCUCUGCCCGCUCUGGUGGUUCUCCGGGCUGCUCUUGAAGCUCAUGGUGCCGGACGCCGAGUUGGCCAUGAUGAGCCAGCAGUACUUGCGCACGAUGAUCUUGGGGGCGCCCGCGCUCCUCUUGUUCGAGACUGGCAAGCGGUUCUUGCAGGCGCAGCACAUCUUCCAGGCCGGCACGUACGUGUUGGGCGUGGCCGUGCCGCUCAACUUCGUGCUCAACUGGCUCCUCGUAUGGCACCCCACGUACGGCGUGGGCUUCGUGGGCGCGCCGUUGGCCACAGCGCUCUCGUACUGGGCCACGUGCCUCUUGUUGCUCCUGUACGUGCUUUUCGUCGACGGCAAGAAGUGCUGGGGCGGGCUCGACUGGGCACGUGCCCGCUCCAACUGGCUGCAGAUGCUUGCGCUCGCGCUCCCCGGCGUGGUCAUGGUGGAGGCCGAGUACUUGGCCUUCGAGGUCAUGACCAUUCUCGCGGCGUCGUUCGGCACCCUGGCGUUGGCCGCGCAGUCCAUCGCGUCCAACGUGGGCAGCUUGCUGUUCCAGUUGCCGUUUGCCGUGUCCGUGGCCGUGAGCACGCGCGUGGGCCACUUCGUGGGCAAGAGAAAGGUGCCGGAGGCCCGCCUCGUGACGCGUGUGGCCAUGGUGCUCGGCGUGGCCAUCUCCGUGGUCAACUUCGCGUGGAUCUUGGCGCUGCGCAACGCGCUCGUGGCGGUGUUCACAGAGGACGCCGACGUCUUGCGGCUCGGCGCCGACGUGCUUGUUUUGGUCGCCGUCAACCAGCUUGCCGACGGCAUCAACGUGAUGCAGGCCGGCGUGUUGCGGGGGCAGGGCCGCCAGCGCAUCGGCUCCAACGUCAACGUGGUCUCCUACUACGCUGUGGCGCUCCCCCUUGCGUACGUGCUUGCCUUCCGCAUGGGCCACGGGCUCAUGGGCUUGUGGGCCGGGUUGGUGGUGGGCGUGGCGGCGUUGGCCGCGGCCGAGUCCGCGUGCGUGUGGGCCAGCAACUGGCCGCGGAUCCUCGCGGACUCCGAGGGCCGCCACGACGCGUAA